CCUCAUGUCCCAGUUAAAUCUAAUCAUAACCACAGUAUUCUGCUGACAGGCACAAAAUAUCAUCAUCAGAACUUAAUAAACUUCUUAAAUCUUGCUGUGGUGAAGCUAUAGAUAGAAAAACUACGGUUGAUUCUGCAUGAUUCGUUGCCUUAGAAUCCAUAAAUGGUUGACACUUUGAAUAUAGCAACAUCAGAACGCUUUGUUGAGCAUCUGACUUCCUGUUCUUUCUCUCACCAAUCUCUAUCAGCUUCACCCCACCACUGCAGUGCACUACACAUAUGCGAUGAGCGUUCUCAAACACUCCUGAGAAGAGAGAGGAGGGGGGAGGAGAGGAAUGGAUAAUGAGAGAGGAGGAGGGAAAGGAAGGCAGGAAUAGCAGGUUGGACAGAUGUGCGGUGUCAAGAGCUAGUGUUGCCAUUAAAAACCCCGAAACACUGGUGAACAGGCACAAGCGGUCCUGCAGAAUCGCCAUGUAGAGCUUCAGAGUGGAAGAAUGGGAAUGCGGUAACUGCAGUUGUGGAGGAUCAACCUCAGCAGAUGUGUGGGAAGAGCAGAGAGAUGCUGUGAAGCAAUCGCAUUUAUUUCCAGCCACUGUUAUAACACCCGCAUAUCAGGAAACAUGUAUGCCUUCUAUUCUUUGCUGGUGUACAUCUUCUACACCGUCUUUAAAAAGGAGGAGGAGGAGACAGCGCUCGAGGGGGCGUAUGGAGAAUCCCCAGAGGAGCCUGGCCAUGUUUCCAUGGAAACAAAGAGCAAGGGGAAGAGUAGCCACACCCCCAGGUUGGGCAAAAGAGGGUGUGCAAGACUGAGUGAUUCAAGCAGCAGCAGUGAGAGUGAUGGGGCGUCUCUCAGUGAUGAAGAUGAUGAGUUUGAUGAAGGUCAUGGAUUACCUGCCAAAACACCAUUAACAGCUUUCCUGUCUUUCAAGCAAGAGGCAGAAAAGAGAAGAGCUACUAAUUCUCCAACAGAACCUAGUGAAAAGGUGACAGAGUCUCCAUUGCUGUCUGUGAUGUCCCACCUCCUGAGCUUCCUGGAGCAAUAUUCCCACCUGCAACAGCUGCAGCAGCAGGCUGAUCAGUACCGUCUGCAGCUCCGCAGACACCGUGCCCAGCACCGGCGGAAGAUGAAGGCCCUGCGUACCUCCUACCGCCAGCGCCUCAGAGACAAGAACAGUGUGAUUAACAACCUGGAGGAAGUGAUCGCUCAGCAGCCGAGCCCAUCACCUGAAAAUGAGGGUGAGUACAUGCUACCUGCAUCAUCUCCGGUUGGGUUGCAUAAGUUGGUUCAAUCUCUGUGCGGGCUGCAGGGAGAGAGGAGUCAACUGAGAGGAGAGCUGCGAUCGCUUCAUUCACAGCUUGAGCAGAGAGAACGAGAUCGCCACACUAAAGUGCAGGCCUUCCAACAGCAGAUUGAUGAGCUGAAGAGCUGUAUUGAGGAAAGAGAAGAGGAGCUGUCCAAACUCAGAGUUACAUCAGGAGUAACAGACUCUGAAAAACGAGUGCUUUGCUUAUCAGCAGAGAAUGAGAGUUUGAAACACAGCCUCACAGUGACGCAGGGUCUUCUGCAGCAACUGUCGGUCAUCCCAUCCCAGUCCAGCUCUGUGCUCAUCAAGGAAAAUGAGAACUUGCGCAGUCGUGUUCUGCAGCUGGAAAGUUCACUGCAGCUGCGGGCAGAGCAGCUGUCAACUCUGGAGCACCAGAAAGAGCAGAGCGAAUGGAGGAAGGCAGAAGAGCUCAGGAGACGAGAGGAGAGUUUGAGAGAUCUGCAGCUUGAACUAGACAAAGAACGCAACAAGGAGCCUGUGGUUAAAUAUGUUACCCAAACCGUUGAGGUGGAGUCGCCUUCAACUCUGCGUCAACUAUCUGAAGCCAGACAACAGAAUGCACAGCUUUCUGGGAAGCUAAGCAACCAGAGCGAACGAUGCAGACAGUUGGAGGAGAACAUCAGACAUUCAGAUGAAGUCAGCUGCAAUUUGCAACACAAGAUUGCUGCUUAUGAGAGGGAGAUUGGGACCCUGAGGGAGGAGCUGCUGAAGGAGAUUGGACAUCUUGAGGAAAAGAAAGAAGCCGCUGUAAAAGCGGCAGCCAACUGCUCUGAGGAGCAUUUCCAGAGCCUGCAGAACCAGUUUAUAACCCUCCAGAAGCGUCUCAGUGCUCUCCCUCCCACAUUACGCUCCAUGAAGACCGACUAUGCCAGCCUGCGCACUCAGGUCCGCAACUUUUCUGACUUCUAUGGAAAUGCUAUCAAAGAAGCCAAGAAACAGAUAAUGGCAGCUAUAAAUGAGAUGUCAGAGGCCAACAAAGACCUUUUGGAAAAAUACAGAAAGGAGGUAGCACUCCGCAGGAAGUACCACGAGCAGCUGGUUGAGCUCAAAGGUAAUAUUCGUGUUCUGUGCCGUGUAAAGCCAGUACUGAAGGAAGAUCAACAUGAGGAAGGCCAAGCGGUAGUUGUGACAACAGACCCCAAUAAUGAAUCUGCACUCACAGUUUUAAGCAAGGGAAAGGCCAAAAACUUUGAGCUUGAUAAAGUAUUUCAUCCUCAGGCCACUCAAGAUGAGGUGUUCCAGGAAAUUGAGCCGCUCAUCACAUCCUGUAUAGAUGGCUAUAAUGUUUGCAUCUUUGCUUAUGGGCAGACAGGAUCUGGCAAGACCUAUACUAUGGAGGGUACAGUUGAGAACCCCGGUAUCAACCAACGAGCCCUGAAACAUCUGUUCAAUGAGAUUGAGGAAAGAAAAGAUAUGUGGACGUAUACCGUCAGUGUCAGUUCGGUGGAAAUUUACAACGAGGUCCUGAGAGAUCUACUAAGUAAGGAUGGAGAGAAGCUUGACAUCAAGAUCAACCCUGAUGGGACAGGACAGCUCCAUGUGCCAGGACUCAGGGUCAAUGAGGUCAAAAGCUUCCAGCAUAUCAAAAAAAUUUUGUCCAUAGCUCGAAAGAACAGGAUUACAUUUGGAACGCAGAUGAAUCAGCAUAGCUCUCGAUCACAUGCCUUGCUCACUGUGACUGUGCUGGGCACAGACCUCGCCAGUGGAGCCAAAACCACCGGCAAGCUGAAUCUUGUGGAUCUGGCUGGUUCUGAAAGGGUGUGGAAGUCUGGGGCAGAGGGGGAAAGACUGAAGGAAGCCCAGAAUAUCAACCGCUCACUGCUCGCUCUAGGAGAUGUGAUCCAAGCUCUUAGGGCCCACCAGACUCACAUACCCUUCAGGAACUCACGACUCACCUACCUGCUGCAGGACUCACUAGGAAAAGGCAACAAAACCGCCAUGGUUGUUCAGGUUUCAUCGCUUGAGAGCAACGUCGGAGAGACCCUGUGCUCGCUAAAGUUUGCCCAGCGAGUGUGCAAGGUGGAGCUGGGCCCUGCUGCAAGAAAAAUUGAGACAGGAGGACAUAAUGAAAACAAAAGUUAAUGCAUACCAUCAACCCUCACAAGUAACAGCAGGACCAGAAAGGGCAUUAAGUGUAGAUGGGACAAGCCUUGCACUUUUCAGCCCGUGGCUGAGGCUUCCAAUCCUACUCAAGGGCUACAGUUCUGGAAACGUCAGUGAUGCCACAUAUCUAGCAAUGGCUUUAUCCAUUAGCUGAUCUGCAUGUCAAAGUCUCACCAACACCCACCACCACCAGUUUCAAGACAAGCUCUCCAUCAACGCAAGUUCAAAAUAUCACAAAUUCUCCACAGGAAAAAUUGAUGAGGUCAUUUCAGUAAAUCUUGGGAGUCACAACAUAAAAGACCGCAGUAUCUUAAUCGCUUGAUGUUUAUACUGAUAUUUACUCAAAAACAUCUAAAUUAUUUGGUAUAAUAUUUAGGAAGUAAUGGCCAAAAUAUGUUUGUGUGUGGUUUGUGUGGACGUCCAUGAUUAUGUUAUAUAUGUAGAACCAGUCGAUCCGUCUUUUAUUAGGUAAAAUGGAUGUGAGUUGAGCUGAAUUGCACAAAGUCAGCAUUUGCUGACUCUAUUUCUCUGCAAAGGUGGUAGCUUAGCAUUUUAAGAUCCAGGCUAAUAACCGAAAGGUCACAUUUUCAACCAUCUGAAGGGGUGAUUCAUGAACUGGAUAGUUCUUGAGUCAUUUGACUGAGGUAUUUAUAAGUAAAUCAAGCCAGCCUUUGGAUAAGAAAGCUUCUGCUGAAGAUAAGAAUGAAUGUAACUAUACUUGACAAGAAUAUGUGCAAUAGCCAAUUUCUUAGUGGCGAACAUCUCAUUUUUCGGUUUGAGAGUAAACCACACUGAAUAAAAUGUUCCUCCUAAACAUUAUAUAUACUCUGUUUUCAUUAUUCAUUUGUAAUAAAUGUGCAACGUAAAUUACAUUUAAACGAAUGAUAUAGAGGUAUUAACUUUCUGGGAUUAUUAGGAUAAGUUUACGUUUAAUGUGAAAUGUCAUAGCUCUUAGUUUUAGCCAUGUUACAGUGAGAGGAUAAUGAAUGCACUUUAUUGUCAAAGACUUGUGCUGUUCAUACAACUUGUCUUUUAACCAAAAACGAGUACGUAGGUCUAUCAUUUUGUUUGUGAAAAUUAGCAGUGGCUCAAGUACCCAAAUUAAGUUAUUAACAUUAAAUAAAUUAAUAAAGCAUUGCCGUUUUAGAUGUACAA